UUGUAGGUAGUACAAGAACUGAAAAAUAAUUUUUGGUUGCCAGUAUACCUGUAGUCGUUGCACUGAUCAGUCGAUAGUUUUGUGAUAAAUUAUUUCUCAAGUGAAUUAAAUUAUUAACCAUGGGACGUGAUUCUAGAAAGGUUUCAAGAGAACUUCGGAGUUCUGAAAAAAUUAAUAAGUCGCGUUCAGUCAAAAGAAAGAAUGUUUUUAAUCCGAAAACAGCCGAACGUGAUGAAAGUAUUCAGAGUACAUCUUCUAAAAAAUUAAAACAAAACACUGAAGAUGAUGUACCUGAAGACAGCAGUACUGAAUUUCGAAUAAUAAAUUUUAUUCAGGUAUUCACUGCAAUUUCUGCUCUUAUAAAAUGUAAAAAAUGUGAUGGAAAUGUAGUGUUUCAAACAGCAAGUACACGUGGGCUGGGAUUCAAAAUUGUAGUUGCAUGUAAUAACUGUGGAAAUGAAUAUAUUCCUUCCUGUUCUUUCGUUGGGCAUUCUUAUGAAAUAAACAGACGUUUCAUUUUUGUAAUGAGAAUACUAGGAAUAGGAUACGAAGGAUUGUGCAAGUUUUGCGGCCUGAUGGACAUGCCGUCUUUUUUAGAUAAAUCUACGCAUACAAUUUUACUGAAACAGAUUUUGAAUUGUAGUAAAGCCGUCGCAGAAACCUUCAUGACGAAAGCUGUGAAUGAAGAAAAGCAAGCAAUGCCAACAACUGAAAAUGAAGAUAUAAAUCAUCUAACUGUAUCGGGAGAUGGAACCUGGCAAAAACGGGGAUAUACAUCGUCAUUUGGAGUUUCUUCUAUAAUUGGCUAUUUUACUGGAAAGAUUCUUGACAUAAACAUUAAAAGUGCAUAUUGUAAGCUAUGUGAGUAUUGGAAAAAAAAAACAAAUACUGUUGAGUUCGAGGAAUGGUAUCAAUCGCAUGAAGAUGUGUGUUCUGCUAAUCAUCAAGGGUCUUCUGGGAAAAUGGAGGUGGAUGCGAUGGUCGAAAUGUUUUCGUAUUCUGAAACUAAAUAUGGAGUUAAGUAUGCCAACUAUAUUGGUGAUGGUGACUCCAAGACCUAUUCAGGAAUUAUAAAAUCAGAUCCUUACGAAAAUACAACUGUAAAUAAAAAGGAAUGUAUAGGGCAUGUCCAAAAGCGGAUGGGGAGUCGAUUACGUACGCUGAAGAGUAAACAAAAAGGUCUUGGUGGUCGAGGUAAGCUCACAGGAAAAUUAAUAGACAAACUAACUGUGUACUAUGGUUUAGCAAUACGCCGGCAUUGUGAUUCUAUUGAAAAUAUGAAAUCUGCUAUAAUGGCAACCUUUUAUCACUACGGCUCGAGUGAUGAAAAACCGAAUCAUGAUAUGUGUCCAAAAGGCGAAGAAUCUUGGUGCUCUUACCAGCGCGCUGAAGCAAGAGGAGAGCUUGAUACCUUUUCUCACGAUUAUUCUCCUUUACCUUCUGAUGUUUUAAAAGCUAUCAAGCCUAUAUACGAAGAUCUUAGUAAUGAAAAUUUACUUUCAAGAUGUGUAGGUGGAUUCAAUCAGAAUAAUAAUGAAAGCUUUAACCAACUAGUAUGGAAAAUAUGUCCAAAAACGGUAAAUACUAGUUUUACUAUCGUACAAAUAGCUGCAUACGUUGCUAUGUGUAUAUUUAAUGAGGGUAUAAAUUCAUUAUUAGUCUUGAUGAAUACACUAGGACUUAAUUGUGGGCCUAAUUCUCAUCGGUAUGCAGAAAGAAUGGAUGCUGCACGUAUCAAAGUAGCAGAUAAGCGCGCUAAUGAUAACACCCGAGAAGGUCGAUUGCAACGUAGGCACCAGCAAAUCGAUAUUUUGGAAGCUGCUAUGUCGGCUGAAGAGCUAUUAUAUGGUCCAGGAAUAGAUGACUCAGUAUGAAUCUCCAAGGACUUAUGAUGAUCACCGCAAAGGACUUCGGGAGGAACGGGCUCUACAAAAACAGCGAUAACUUUUUGAAUUAUUAAUUUUUUUUUUUGAAAUUUUCGUGAAGUCAAAUCGAAACGUGUUCUAAUAAAGCUAUGUUUUUAUUUUUGUCAAAUAAAGUAAUUAACUACAAAAAAAAAAUUAUUGAAAAUCAUC